UAUCUAUAAUUGCUCAAGCACAAAGUCGUUUAGCAGGACAAUCAAUAGAGAAAUUAUAUAAAUUAAUCCAAGAGGCUAGACGUAUUAUCGUCAUGGAUAAUGACCUCACUGAUCUUAACAUUGAAUGGAUUAAGACCCUUCGUAAGAAUAUACCUUUUUCUAUUAUUCAUAAUACUUAUCAGCCUCAGAAAGGCAAGAUGUUCCGCUUGGCUCCUAAUAAAGAAAUAGUAUUAGCUGAACUUUGGGAUUGGGCUAAGCAGAUGAUUUCAUUACCUUUUGAGUCUCGGAAAAGUGCUUCACUUAUUUGCCAUCUCAGAAAAGAUGUACAAGGGAUUAUUCGUGCUCUUAAGACUGAUUUUCCAGAACUACGAAUUAAGGAAUAUCACGGCAAAUCUGAUCCAGUAGAAAAGGCUCAUGAUUUUAGUAAUGUCGAAGAAGCAUGGAAAGAUAUAGACCUAGUUGCCUAUACUAGCACUCUAAAAAUAGGAGUAUCUUGCAUUAAUCCCAAGUUCGAACGGGGGUUCUGCAUCUUUAACAGUUAUAUAGAAACGAAUGCUGGGACGAAUCAGAUGUUAUUUCACAUGCGAUGCAUCAAAGACUAUAUAUGUCAUAUCGAACAAAGAUCGUCUAAUAUUCCCAUUACAGAGAAAGGAUUAUUCCAAUGGUUGUUGAAUGCCAAACGAGAAUGUCUUCCCCGAGAACUUCAGAAUAGAGGAAUUUUUCCAGAUGUAGAUUCUAUUAUCCGGAAUAAAGACAUGCCAACUAUUCGAUUGUGGGUAGCAUAUAUGUUGGAAAAAUUCCGUUCCUGGCGCUUGUUUGGUUGGAGGAUGGUUGAUUUUCUCCGAAAGGCAGGUAUGAAAAUUUCUAUCAUAGAAUUCAUUCCUAAACCUGAAGAUAUUACGACAUCGCUAUCCCAAAUAGUGAAGGCAAGUUCUUCUAUCGUUAAAGCAGAGGAAAUAGCAGAUGUUUCUAAUGCUACUAUUGUCGAUC